AUGGAAGUAGACAAUAUAUUAGGUUCUUUAAGUAUAACCGAUGAUUUUGACCAAUUGGUCGACGUUACAAGUCUCUUUGAUGAACUGUGUUCAAAGUUAAAACCAGAGGCUAUCGUGAAAGAUCCCAAGUUUGAUCUGUUCGAAGGCACACAUUCUUUAGAGGUCAACAACUCCAAACUAGAUUCCAGUCUUAUAGAAUUGACCGCCGAAGAAAUAGAAUUUGAUGUGAACGUGGCAUAUGAACCACCGUUGGCAAAUGUAACAGCCAUAUCAGAUAGGUUACUUAGAUGUGUUAUAUCAUGGCUGAAUGACUAUCAGACUUUACCUACGACUGUAUUGAGCUGUAGGUAUACGGAAAGCUUAUUAUCGUCAUUAGUUAAGGGAACAACUGCCGGUCCGUCGUGGUGUACAGGGAAUGUCCUGUACGAUAAAGCACUUGGAAGUUGCGUACUUGGAGUUUGUUAUUUGACUAAAUUUGUGCAGAGACUCUUGAGUGCUGGCAUUGUAUUUGAAGAGGAAGAUUUGAAUUUUAAUGGCAUGGGGUUUAAUACAUUUGAUAAUUUGCCGGAACAAGGCGUUAUUAUCAAUACGCUCACCGAGAGCCUCCAAUUAUUAGAGAUAAAUUCUGAUGAUAGUUUACAUUUAACUAUGCUGAAACAUAUACUAAAAAUUAUACUUUGCUUAGUCCACUUAGAAGACCAUUUGACAGACUAUUCGACAGAAACAACACACCUAGAUGAGUUAAUCGAAAACGUUCAUAUGGUAAAUGGUAUACUUCCGCAAUUACAAUUGUCUCCACCAAAGGGCGCAUUCUCUACAUACAUACAAAAACACAGGUCUAAUCAAUUCCCUCCCAGGAAGAUUACUAAAUUACCCACGGAUUAUAGCGGUUUCAUUACGCUGGCAAAUGAUAUCAAAACAAUACUCCUUGUAGGCGAAGCUGAAUCUGCGUUGGAAACUUACCAGUUUGCGAGAUUUUUCAACAAAUUGAAGCAAAGGCAUGUUAUUGCAAGGAUCUUGUUCCCCUUGAUUUUCAUUAGAGACGACAGAACCGUCUUGGGUAAAUUUUCAUAUACUCAAUUUUAUUCCCUACAUGUCAAGGAAUUUUCAGCACAAACUCCAUCAAAACUCCUAUCCUCUAUAGGCAAUGAACUUAUCCAAGAGAGCUCCAAUAUUCUUUUAGAAUGGUACCAAAACUGCUCCCAAAACACAUGUAGAUAUAGACAGGGUUUCAACAGGCAACUCAUACUAUGGGAUUCUCUUCAAGCCCAGUUUGAAAGCGUCGACUCGCAAAUUUACUGUUCGUGGACAUAUUUUAUGAAAUUAUCAAGUAUGAUCGAAUUCUCCUUAAAGGGGUUUGACUUAGAUAUUUAUAAACCCUUUGAAGCAUACUCUAUGUUUUGGUAUGUUUAUUAUUUAAGUCAUCACUUGGAAACCUUGUUGAAGGAGUCUCAAAAUGAUAUUGAAUCAAAUAUUAAUGCCAUUCAUUCCAUGAAUAAAAAACUGAAAAAAUUGAAAGCUGGUGAAAAGAAGGACCAGUUGAGGUUGAAAUACAGAUUUGCCAUGGACAAUGAAAUGGAACAUUUACAGACCACCAAACAAUUUUUAAACUAUCUUUUGAAGGAGAUUAGCAUCACCAAAUCUUUAUGCUUGGUAGAGGUUUUUCAAUUUGCAAUUUUAAAGUCAUUUGGUUUAAUAGACAACAAAAAUAGUAUUGCCUCAAAAUUUUCUGAUGAACGGUUAAUUCAUAAUUUGAGAUUCAAGCCAUUUAAUUCAAUUGGUGUCCCUGAGUUACCAGAAUAUGAAGUCUUCCAACAAACUUUGAAGGAUUUUAUCAUUGAAGAAAAAGGUGCUGCGUUUGAUAUAAAACUAGAAAGAGCUACUGCCUUUAUCGAAACUGAAGUACGGAAUGUCGUUAAUUCUAUUGAUGAGAUAAUGCAAGGAAUCAAGGGAGGGGAUAAUAACGGCGUUCUGGUGACAGGAACAAGAUUGGUUCAAGAGCUUUCUCUGGAGUACUAUUCCAAGCUAAAACACACUUCUAAAGCAUUAGCAGUCAAUUCAAAAGUUAUCGUCAGCACUUUGAAAAAGAGCGUUGAAAACAAGGUCUCCCACGAAUACAAGAUGGAAUUAAUUCACACGACAGAAGGAUGGAACUACUUUCCUGUACAAACCUUGAGAAUGAAGCAAAACCGCUAUAAAUGA